CAGGCUUUGACGAAAGCCAAGCAAUUGCUUUGCUUGUGACAAGGGCUUAGGCAAAGGUGGUUACAGGCCAGCUCAUGGAAGAUGAUGAACAUGUGUUGUGCCAUGUUUGAUGACUGUUGAGAGAAGGCCAGAGUGAAAGAACUUAUAUAAAAGCAUUAGCAAGGACAUAAUGCCAGUUGACUCACUCGGCACAAUGUCAUGUCUGCACAGGGCAUGUGAAGCUGUAAUUAGUGAAGUGCUGCUGUGUCUUCCAGAAACUGCUGGGAGCCACCAGCUCCGUUACAUGGUUAAUGACCACCUGCCCAUAAGCACCAUGCAGGCGAUGGGCAUUUCACAGGAGGCAUGUGGAGAGCUUCUCUGGAGAAGGCUACUGCUCUUUUCUGGCUCUUUCUCGUCCCAUUUGAAUGGUACCAGCAUUUAGAUCAGAAGUGAUCAUGGCAAAACUUAUUCUUCUUACAGAAAGGUCAGGUCCAUGAGAGUGGGGUGCCCACAGUAAAAGAGGGAAGCAAGAGCAAAGUUGUAACUCCUUUUUCCUAUUUAAUUGCUCUUUCAAAACGAAGCAGGGAGGCAACAGCAUUUGACAUACUUGUAUUGAGUGUGCCUCCCGCACCCACCCUGGAAGCUCAAAAAACCAUGAUGCUGGGCCAGAUCCAUCCCUGGCUAAACGUGCGGUGCUGGUCUCGCGGGUGGCGGGGUACUGAGCAGCUGGUGCCCGUAGGUGUGGGUACAGUGCGUUUUGGUGGGAAGUGCGGAGAGGACCGGUGGGGGCACCGCCACAUCCCCGUGCCAGACACUGGAAAUUGCCUGAGGUGACCCACACUGUGCAAGCCUCUCCAGUGGCAUUUUCACCAGCCCCUUUAGAUAAAUUGACUGAAGGGAUCAAGGAGGUUAGGGGGGACAGGACAUACAUGUGAUCAGUCCCCACUAGGCUGGGGAAAGUGUUCCUGCCUACGGCUCUGAAAUGCCCCACUCCUACCAGUCAGCCCCCUGCACCCCUCUGCUGCAGCACUACAUGGCCCUCCCCAGCCCGGAGCUCCCACGGACCCGGUUAUCUUUUCAUUAUUCUCACUUUUUUCCUACUUCAGAUGCGAGAGGAGGGCUGGCAGCGCUGGGUGCGCAGCGCCGUUACCGCCGCCGCGGGCCCAGGGGCGGCCCCGCACCCCACCGGGCCUGAGGGGAGGCCGCUGCCCCGGCGCCGACCCGCGCCCUGACAGGGGGUCGGGGGUGCAGCUCAGCCCCGCAGCCCCCCCUGGAGCGAGGGGAGCAGCGGGGAGCCCCCUCGCUGCGAGGGCUUCCGUUGGGCUCCCGUUAGGCGCCGCGGCCCCCCGGGAGCCCCUUGGCGGGGCCAAAGUGAAAGUGAAGCGCCUCCCGAAACUCUUUGGGGGUGGCGGCAGGAGCCAUGUGACAGCCGGGAAGCAGCGCGGCCGCACGGGGUUGCGGAGGGCGAUUACCGGGAGGCGGGGGGGUGCGGGGGUGUACGAUUCUAACGGCUGCGGUGCGCCCCCCCGCCCGCCCCGGCAGCAGCGCCGAGCGGCCCCGCGCCGCUCCCUGCCCCCCCCUUCCCGCGGUCCCGCACCGCCGGCGCCUUCCUCCGCGGCCGCACUCAGCCCGUCCCUGGGGGCGGCGGCGCGGGAGGCCGGGCAGGGCGGGCGGCACCCCCUUCCCUCCCCUCUCCUCCGCCGCGUCCCCCUCAGGCAGGGCAGGGCAGGAGCGCGGCCCGCAGCGCUGCCCCCGAGAGGAGGGACUCCCCUCCCCGGCAUGGUCACGGCGGCUUAUUAGGGUGGUCGUCUCCCUCCUUUUUUCCUCUUAAUUAUUAUUUUCCAUUUUCCUCCUCCUCGCCGCGGCUGUCACUGCUCCCACCGUUACUCUUACCACGCUUCUUCCCGGGGCUCGCGGCGCGGCCCUGCCCCGCCGCCCCUUUGUGCCCGGCGCGAUGAGGCGAGGGGCCGGCGGGCGCGGCCGGCCCGCGGCGCCCGGGGGCAGCGGCAGGUUUAAACCUCCAGACGGGUUGAAGAAGUCGCCCGAAACGAACCACUUGGCAGAUUUUGUUUCCUCCCUUGAAAUCCCUGUGGACGUGGAGCAGAUCAUUCACUUGAAGACGCCGGAGGACGAUUUGUGGAAGGCUGCUACACAGUGUAGCUCGGACGCUGUGAGUUUCAAGAAUCUGGUGAAAGGGAGAGAGUGGACAAUGAAAAUGGACAUGGAGGAUGCUGACAUGACUCUGUGGACGGAAGCUGAUUUUGAAGAGAAAUGCACGUACAUUGUAAAUGAUCACCCGUUGGAUCCCAGUGCCGAUGGAGGCACCCUAACUCAGGCAGAGGCUUCCUUGCCAAGGAACUUGACUUUCAAAUACGCAUCUAACUGCAAAGAGGUCACUGGAGUUAUAAGCAAAGAGUACAUUCCGAAAGGAACACGCUUUGGACCCCUGGUAGGAGAGAUCUAUACCAGUGAUACAGUUCCCAAGAAUGCGAACAGAAAAUACUUUUGGCGGAUCUAUUCGAGUGGUGAGCUUCACCACUUCAUUGACGGAUUUAAUGAGGACAAGAGCAACUGGAUGCGUUAUGUAAACCCUGGCUACUCUGUUCAGGAACAGAACUUGGCUGCUUGUCAGAAUGGAAUGAACAUCUACUUCUACACCAUCAAGGCCAUCCCUGCCAACCAAGAGCUGCUUGUGUGGUAUUGCCGAGACUUUGCAGAGAGGCUGCACUAUCCCUCUUCCAGAGAGCUGACGAUGAUGAACCUUACACAAACCCAUGUUAAUCCAAAGCAGCACAGUGCUGAUAAAGAUGAGCUCUAUCAGAAGGGCAUCCCAAAGAAGGAGCACAGUGUGAAAGAAAUCCUGAAAAUGGAAUCUAAUCCUCCAAAAGGAAAAGACUUCUUCCAGACCAACAUUUCACCAGUUACUCCAGAAAAAGACUUGGAUGAUUUGCAUAAGAACUACAGCCCAGAGAGGUGUUUCUUCCCGCGAGUUGUCUACCCGAUCCGACCUCACAUUCCAGAAGACUAUCUGAAAGCUUCCUUAGGAUACGGAAUGGACAGACCUAGCUACAUUACUCAUUCACCCAUCCAGACGUCUACUACACCAAGUCCUUCUGGGAGGAGCAGCCCGGACCAAAGCUUAAAAAGUUCAAGCCCUCACAGCAGUCCAGGGGUCACGGUUUCACCUCUGGCACCUACUUCCCAAGAGCACAGAGAGCCGUACUCUUACUUGAAUGGAUCGUACGGCUCAGAAGGACUGGGGUCUUAUCCUGGAUACGCACCCCCUGGCCACCUCCCGCCUGCCUUUCUACCGUCCUAUAACCCCCACUACCCCAAAUUCCUAUUACCUCCGUUCAAUAUGAGCUGUAAUAACCUAAGCGCUUUGAACAAUAUCAAUGGCAUCAACAAUUUCAAUCUUUUCCCAAGGAUGUAUCCUCUUUAUGGCAACCUUCUCAGUGGAGGUAGCCUUUCCCACCACAUGCUGAACCCCACCACGCUCCCCAGUUCAUUGCCCAGCGAAGGAGGCCGUCGACUGCUGCAGCCUGAUCACCCGAGAGACUUCCUCAUACCAGCACCUAACAGUGCCUUCUCUAUCACGGGUGCUGCCGCCAGCAUGAAGGACAAGCCAUGCAGCCCUACCAGCGGGUCGCCCACAGCUGGAACAGCAGCCAGUUCAGAACACAUAAUGCAACCUAAACCUACCUCAGUGGUGCUGGCUGCCACCGGCGGCGAAGAAGCCAUGAAUCUCAUUAAAAGUAAGAGGAAUGUGACCGGUUACAAAACCCUCCCCUACCCACUGAAGAAGCAGAAUGGGAAGAUCAAGUACGAAUGCAACGUUUGCUCCAAGACCUUUGGCCAGCUCUCCAAUCUGAAGGUACACCUCCGAGUACACAGUGGAGAGAGACCGUUUAAAUGCCAGACUUGCAAUAAAGGCUUUACGCAGCUGGCGCACCUCCAGAAGCACUAUCUGGUACACACGGGAGAAAAACCCCACGAGUGUCAGGUUUGUCACAAGCGGUUCAGCAGCACCAGCAAUCUCAAAACCCACCUGCGGCUCCACUCUGGAGAGAAGCCUUACCAGUGCAAGCUCUGCCCAGCCAAAUUCACCCAGUUUGUGCACCUGAAGCUGCACAAGCGUCUCCACACCCGGGAACGUCCCCAUAAAUGCAUCCACUGCCACAAGAGCUACAUUCACCUCUGCAGCCUCCAGGUCCACCUGAAGGGCAACUGCCCCGUUGCCCCUGCCUCGGGCCUCUCCAUGGAGGACCUGAAUCGAAUCAACGAGGAGAUCGAGAAGUUCGACAUCAGUGACAAUGCCGACAAGUUGGAAGAAGUGGAGGACAAUAUCGACUUAACAUCGAUCGUGGAGAAGGAUAUACUGACCAUGCUCAGGAGGGAAAUGGAAGGAGCUAAUCUGAAAGUAUCUCUACAGAGGAACCUGGGAAAUGGACUGCUCUCCUCAGGAUGCAACCUUUACGAGUCGUCAGAUAUGUCAAUUAUGAAGUUGCCUCAUGGUCACCCACUACCUCUGUUACCUGUAAAGGUCAAGCAAGAAACAGUUGAACCAAUGGACCCUUAAGACUUUUUGGCAAAGUGAUUUUUUUUUUUUAUUUAUGACUUGGCAAGUCAGGGUGCCUGUAGCAGUUGCUUGUACAUAGUUUCAAUGCUGCAAAGCAAUCUUGGCUUACAGUAGUUUCCCUACGCUCUCCAGCUGAAAGAAGGAACUCCAAAGUUACUGUUUUCUCAGGGCAUAAAAAGGGGCAAAGGACUCUAUGUUGCCUCGCCAGUUACUAAAAGACAAUCAUCUAUCCAUAAUUAUUUUUUCAAUGAUAGUACUUCAUAAUUUAUUAUGCAAUUAAUCAUUCUAAAAGCAAUAAUUAGGAAAAUGUUUACAAUGACUGGAAAAUUCAUUGUAAUUUUUACUUUAAAUGUUUUUAUUUUUUGUUCUAUGGCCAUUCUUUGUAGAUAUGUUUUUCUGCACAUCUGUUUUAAGAACCUAAGAUCGGGGCUUCAGUAAAUAUGUUUUAUGUACCAACGUCUUUUAAACAAAUGUGGUUUUUCGUAUUGCCAAAGUUGGACGUUUGACAUACAGAAUCCUAGAUCUGUUGGUUUGAAAAAAAUGCUGUGUACUUUUAUGUACAAAUCACCCCACUGGGAAUUGAAAAGGGAAAAAAAAAACCCCGCAGAGUAGCAGCAAGCAGGGAAGAAACUGCUGUCCCUGCCUGCCGGAGGAUAGGAGAGAGAUUCUUCUAUCUGCAGCUCUGUCCAGAGCAGAUGUGGCACAGCAAACACCUACCUGCCAUGGACAAUACCACAGGUUGUUAGAAAACAGCUCUAGCCCCACACGUUGUCAUGUGAUGUUAUGACCAAAGGAAUGCAUCAGCUUAAAGUGGCUUUUCCAAAAUAGAAUCUCACUUACGUUCUUUGUUUCUGAAAGCAGUUUAAAAGCAAACACACAAAUAUUCUUAAUAUUCUGCCUAAAAGGAAGUUUUUGGCAGGCUUCUUUCUUCUCUCUCUCUCUUUUUUUUUUUUUUUUUUUUUUGGCCAGAGCCUUCCAGGGAUAAAAAAAAAGAUGGUAGGGAUAAAAAAAAGAUGGUCAGAUUCCCUGAGAAAGAAGGGGUUCAGUUUUAUUUGUAUUUUUCACUCCCACUUUGCCUGGGUAAAAGUGGGUAAUAGAGUCCUUUCCUGGCACAUAUUUUUUUUUCUUCCUUCCUGUACAACUCUCAGUAUUUGUGUUUGUACAUUUUGUGGUUAAUUUAAUUAAAGAAGAAAAGGGCAUUGCAAAGUUGUUGAACAACAAUUACCUCAGUGCUUGUGUCCAGUGGUGCAGACAAUGCUGUUUUAUCUAAACGCUUUGCUACUUAGAGAAGAAACCAAAAUGUGCACAGGGAAAGAUAGAAUGCACGUCCUUUUAUCUUUUUGUUUUGCUAAGCCCAAAGAUGAUAUGGUGACAUUUGAGGUGUAGCAAAGAAUACAUGUAUAUUUAUAGAUAUAUUUAUACCACUAUACUAUAUAUGUAUAUGUAUAUAUAUUUAUACCACUUAAGUUGUGAGCCAAACCAUGUAAUAAAACCUAUUUUUCAUCUAAGUGUGAAAAUCAAAUGUUAUCCAGUUUUGCAUACUACCAAUGACCUCAAAACCAGAAGGUUGUACGAAGGCAUUUAUCACUCGCAAGUAUGCUUGCGUGGCUGUCCAGGGGAAGCCUGAACUUGCAAACAACCUGAUGUGAAUAACGUCACGUCACGUCACCCACGCGUGGCGUCUCAGCAGAUUUGGUGGGAACGACCCUGUUUGCAGAAUGGGGGGGUCAUCACUCCCCUGCUCUCUGGGCAGCGUGUACUGGGGGGGAAGGAGCCGGGUGGUCAGUGAAAACACAGCCAGAAAACACAACUGAAGAAACUUGAGAGGCAGCCAGGUACCACCCACACACGGUGUGUUCGCAAAACGCAGUGAAGGGGGCAGGGGUAGUUGGGAUGAGCCCCUGGUCUUGUUUUACCCUGCUGUUAACGAGCUGCACAGUCAAUUCACGUAGCAUCUCCCCUCCAUGUACAUCUUCUGUCUGGUUAUACUUACAAAUUUUAAGAUGACCCACUUCAGCAAUCCAGGAUUUGGAGAUUCUUUUUCUCAGCAAAUUUCAUUUUCAUGCCUUCUGUUAAAAAACAAACAAUCCUGAAAUAAUAAGUCUCUCAACACAGCUUUUGAAGGACUACAGUUCAUUACAUUUCCACUCCUGCAAAUUGUGAGGCUGACAUCUUUUAAAUGUAGCAAUAGUUCAUAAAUAUAGUACUUACUUGUAGGAUAAACCAAAGUAUCACUACUCUGUCACUGGACACACACUUUUCCUAUUAUUUGCCUGUAGUGCUUUCUUGUAUUUGAUACAAAUUUUACAAGAAUUUAUAUGCAUCAGCUUUAAGAAUUGUUACUUCUCUUUACUGUUUCUCCCUUCCCUUAGACGUUUUACAUGUGAAUGUAGCAACAAUCAAUCAACAGUGUUUUGGGGUUUUUUUUUGUCUCUCUCAAGAAAGACUCUGACCAAAGUUACCAGGCUUUUUACUUUGCUAGAACAACAAACUAUCGUAUGUUUACGUAUUGGUUUACAUCAUUAUUUAUGUGCAAAUUGUCAAAUGUAAAUUAAAUAUAAGUGUUCAUUGCUUUA